CGGACGGAAAGAGAUGGAACGACGCAACAUGACGCCGACAUUUCAUUUUUGCGCUGGAUGAGACAUCGGGGACGAUGUGGACCGAUGUGGCGCAGCGGCGGCAGCACAAUUCCGUUGCUGGCCGGCUUAGCUUUGCUGGUCAUUACGAAAACAAGUGCCGAAGCGGUCUGAAAGCUAUAUAACAUAUCGACACACAAGUCGCAGUCGUGUGUCGUGUGUCGAUAUGCACCAUCGUCCUCAUUCUUCAGGUUACCAUGGUAUACCUAUUGUCUGUGUGUUGCAUUGGAAUAACGGCAUCAAAUCGACUCGUAUUUUCUUUAUAUGCUUUUCUUAUCUCCUCUCGCAAUGCUGGCUGCGCCUUGUGUUGUUGUUAUUCUUCGAGGCCCAUUUUCAGGUUCUUGAUAUUUCAAGAUGGGCAGGGGGGAUUGCGCUUUUGUGCACUACUGCGCGGAAUUUCUUUUUUUUUUCCUUUCCAGCUUCAUUCGCCAUCCGCAACGAAAUGUGCUCUGAUGGCACUACGGUAAACGAAUUGAAUGGACAGCAGCAGCAUCGACAGGAAAAAAAGAACGACCCAAACGUCCCUUUCCUGUAUCCGAUUCGAUAUACGGGUUAUAUUGGUAGUUUGGCUGAACGAAGUGUAAUGAUGGCCUUAUCAAGGGACAGUAUUAAACUCCGACGAUGGCCGAAGCACUAUAAAAUAAUAAUAACACUGGCAUUGAAUGAACGAUGGAAAUUCGCCGCCAUCUGAAACAAACCAACGAACGAUGUUUGUAGUUUUUACCCCCUCAAGGGUGGAGAUGGAAAAAUGGAAAAAAAGAAAAUCGAGAGAAACAGGAAAGAGGACAAGGAGGCGGCGCGGCUAUUCAAUUUGUCGGGCGGGGGACACGGCAAGGAGGGCCAGAGGUGGUGGUGGUUAAAAGCUGCCGAGGGAAGAGACACAAAAAGGAGAGAGAGAGAGAAAGAAAAACCCCAAAGCAGUCGAGACGGACUGUUCACUCACGUGGCGGUCGUUGAACGUGUAGCAUCAGAUUAUUGUCUCUCUGGCGUCCAUCUGCUCCCUCCAUCCCCCGUCACUUUCUGUCGUUGAACGAAAGACAUUUGUCUGUUAUCGGCCAUCCGGUUCGAGUCGAGUUCGUCGUUCCAACUUCCCAGUAAAACAGUCAACAAGUUGACAGCAGCUGUUCUUAUAGAAAGAAAAAAAAAACCCAAAAAUGUGCCGCUCUUUUGCUUUUGCUGAAUCGUUUGUCCUCUUCCUCGUACUGGCCGGAGGUGUCCGUGCGGCCUGGGAGGGCAGUUCGUGCCCGCGCUUCUGCCCCAAAGAAAACAAGCCGGUGUGUGGCAGUGACGGUGUCAUCUAUACCAACGAGUGUGACCUGUACCGCCGCAAUUGCGGUCUCGAAGUGGAGACGGUGGACGACAAGAUGUGCACCCGAUCGCGUGGCUCGUACUGCGGUAACAAAUGCAGUUUGGACCGUGACUUGGUCUGCGGCUCUGACGGGCGCACCUAUCUCAACAUCUGCGUUCUCAAAGUGGAGACUUGCAAGCGAGGAAUUCGUCUGUCUCACGUCGGACCGUGCAUGAACUCUACGGCGCUGGAAGAACCUUGUCCGCAGCAGUGCAGUUCAAACGACAAGGACGGACCAAUUUGCGCUUCCAACGGCAAUGUCUACAAGUCAGUCUGCGAAAUGAAACGCCACACCUGCGGACAAGGUGUUGUCAAGACGUCGGAGAAGUUCUGCCAGACGACCAGUCACUGCAAGGAGAUUUGCUGGAAGGCAUCCAAAGCCGUCUGUGGCUCUGAUGGCCAUAUCUACGCCAGUAGCUGUCAGAUGAAAGUCAAAAACUGCGGGCGUCACGUUUUCGAGAUCCCCAUCAGCAACUGCAUCCCGCAAGAGCGCGCCAUUACCAACUGCCCGGCUGAGUGCGACAGCGCCGAACCACAAGAGGUUUGCGGUUCCGAUGGCAACAUUUACGGCAGCCCUUGCGAGCUACGCAUGCUCAACUGUGGACCGAACAGCGACAAAGUGAUUGCCGUGGAUUGGCUACGCUGCUCGGGCAAAGCGGCUCGCUGCUCCCAACUCACCUGCCAAGAUGACCUAGAGAACCCCGACUAUGUUUGCGGUAAUGACGGCCGCACCUACCCUUCCCCUUGCCACCUCAGGAUGGCUUCGUGCACUCGGGGUACCGAAUUGGCUCAUGUCGGCGCCUGCAUGAAGAUUACCCCCGAUAACUCUUGCCCGGAAUCGUGCCCUGACCAGCGGGAGUCUGACCAGCCGGUCUGUGGCUCCGACGGCAAUGUCUACAGGACUCAAUGCGAAAUGAAGAAGCAAACGUGUGGACAGCACGUCAUCCCCGUGGCGCUGCACCACUGCACGGCCACCGAGUCGUGCAACACCCAGUGCGAUCGAAAGGUUCAGUCCGUUUGCGGCAGUGACGGCAAGAUUUACCGCAAUCUCUGCGAGAUGCGCGGCAAGAACUGCGGGAAAUACGUGUACGAGGUGCCAAUGGCUCGCUGUUUGGCGCUGGCAGGCUUCCGCUUCACUGGAUGCAACCGCAUUUGCCCCUCCGAGUACGAUCCCGUUUGCGGGACGGACCGUAAGACCUAUUCCAACGAAUGUUUCCUGCAGUUGGAGAACUGUCGUUCCCGAUCGUUAGUCAUCAAAAAGUACCACGGCAAGUGCGGAGAGCCCGUCGCCGAGCCUAAAGCUUACAUCUACUAAACAGAAUCACCGAGGACGAACUGUGAGGACUAUAAGAUAAGAGGAGCUUUUCCUUUAAACCCGAUCGCCAUCGCGCCUUUACACCAUCAUCAUCCUCUCCCCCCCAACCCCUUAUUUCAUUUUUGUUUUUUGUUGAUUUAUUUGUUAAGCGUUUCGGUUUAUCGUUAAAUUUUUGGUUCAGGACUUGCAGCAAUCGCGCGAUUGUUUGUUGCUGACGUUCUAUUUACCCAUCACAGAUUGAUAUUACGGCUCUCUAUUUAAAAAUUUCAUUGACUGAAUUGAUUGAUCGAACGACGCGUUUUUUUAAAUUACAAUUUGAUUACGGUAGUAUUUAAAUCGUUAUAUAAUUUCUGCCAAAUUUUCAGCGCGAUUGUCAUCAAAUAUUAUUCUAUUAAACAAAAAAGCAAGUAGCAAUUCAACAUAAUUCUUUGACGGCUAUCCGCUUCAGUGUCUGAGAUCUUUUUUCCCCGUUUUUUGUUUUGUUAUCAUUUUCUCAUUAUAAUAUUUAGCCCGAAGACGAAGAAUGUAAUGUGCAGUUAUCAAGUGUUUCGAUUUAUACCACCGCACUCUUUUCUUCCUACUCGCUAAACAAUAAGCUGUUGAUUACUUUUUUUUGUUGUUGGUGGGAGGUCCGUGAACUGAACACGCCUGUUUUGUUUUUAUUGUUUCAUCUUUUGUUCUGCUCUUUUUGUUUUGUUUCUUUUUUUAAGAGGCGGUUAUGUGUAACCAACAAGAACAACAACAAAAAAUAAUGAAUGUUGAAGCAAUAAAAUACUCGAAGCCCGA